CAGCCUCUCUGAGACUCUGAAUGAGACGUCUUAAUGACUCCAGUUGUGAAAACUUAAAGGAGGGGAGGAUGUGAGCUUUGAUGUUCAGGGGGGAGGACCACCUUUAAAAACAGAGCACCCACAAGGAGGGGGGACACUCAGGACUUCACCAGGACCCAGACCACAUCCACAGAGGCCUCACCCUGCAGCCUGGACUCCAACUUUUGAAGGAUUUACUGUAGAAGUGGAGCACCGAUCAGCUAUGAGAGGACGCUUCUCCAUCGAGUGGAUGGCUCAGAGCAGCCAGCCUCCACAGACGGACAGGACGGGGUCCGAGCCCACGACCUGUGGGACCAGCGCCGAGAGUUUACCGGGUUUCUACAGCAGGCAGAGGACCGAGGAGGAGGGCAGGAGUCAUUCUAGGACGGAGGAGUUUCAUCUGAGCUCUGAGCAGCAGCAAAGCUCUCAGAAUAACCAGGUGUCUGAGGCCGGUUUCAGCAGCGGUACGGAGGAGGAGACGUCCGGCUAUGAGAGUGAAGGAGGUCACUCCAUCUCCCCUUCAGCCCCCACAGACUGCACCUCCUCAUCACCAUCCUCUUCCUCCUCUUCCUGCCCAACGUCGCCCCCUUCAGGCCGGAGGCCCCGGACGGCGUUCACAGCAGAGCAGAUCAGCAGCAUGGAGCGAGCGUUUAAGAGGAACGCUUACCUGGGAACUCAGGACAAAGCUGAGCUGUGCAAGAAGCUCAACCUGUCAGACAAACAGGUCAGAAACUGGUUCCAGAACAGGCGGAUGAAGCUGAAGCGGACGGUGCAGGACGCCCUCGCUCACGCCUGUCAGGCCAACGUGGCCUCUCAGCUCAUGCAUUAUCCCGACCUGCAGGCCUACAGACCGGCCCCGUACCCCCGGUACCACUCUACAGCAGGAGGACAGGACGGCCCGUCUGCAGCCUCGUACGUCCACCCACACAGCCUGCAGUACGGCUCGGCUCUGCCCAGCGUCCCCUCUCUGCCUCUGGACUCCUUCUACCCGUACAGCAGCCUCCCUGGAGUCAUGCUGCCAUCUGCAGCCUCUCCGCUAGUGGCCUCCUACACGACUUACCCUCAGUACUACUGACCCUCAGGGACACGAGAGCUUCAAAUGAGCCAAACAGGCUGGUGUGCAAUGAUGUAAAGUUUAGAUGUAUUUAAAAUGAAUCUAUCAAGUCUUUAUCUAAAUUUUGAUUUGUGAAAUAAGAUUGUUUAAAUAAAAUAUUAAUUAAAAUGUACAUGUUUUCUGACUUUUCCUCAGAACUAAGGCUUUA